UUGAUUAUACCUGUUUUUACUUAUGGCAUUUCAGUAUGGGAUGUUGCUAGUUAUGAUGAGUGUCUUUCCCAAAUAGACAAGUUUCAGAAAAGAGCAGUUCGUUUUGGUUUCCUUAAGGAAGUUUCACCCGUUCUAAGUCUUUUAGAGGCCUCAGAUAGUAGGUUAUGGAAGAGUAAAACUACUUCUACUGAUAGCCCUUUGGUAUAUCUUCUCCCACCCAGUAAAACAAGAUUGCUAAGGAAUCGUGGUCAUUCCUAUGUACUUCCUCAAAUUAGGACUGAACAUUUUAAACGCUCUUUUAUUAAUAGAUGCCUCUUCAGUUUU